AACGCCAUUUCCAUUUCCAUUUCCAUUUCCAAAAUGCAAUUUGAUGUUACUUUAGAAUCGCCGAGGAUAACAACAGGUUGGUUGCUCCAGGCUGCUAUCCAAGAUUGAUUACUAUGGCCUUAUCUUUCUUAUGCACAGUAGCUUUACAAGUUAGGUCUGAUUUUUGAUUGGGGGCCUAUGCAAGCUGUCAUAAAUAGUGAAUAUUGAUCACCUCACCCAACUUAACACACUGCAAGAAUCGGAGCUUUGGAACUGGCUCCACGCCAUAGUUUGACGAGAAAAAUGUUCUGGAGGGUAUUGGCAGCACCAGCUCUCACUAAAUUUCACUUGCCCAAGAAUGUCUCCUCAAACACAUUGCUUCUCACACCCCUCUUGUCCUCCAAUUCCUUACUUCGCAAAAUAAGCUUGAACUAUGUUAUAUGCAAGGUUUGUGGCCAGGAACCUAUUUUUGGCCACCACUAUGGCAGAAAAGCGUCUCCUUUCUUGGGACACCUAAGCUUUCAUUCAGGUCCAUUUCUGAAGUCUAAUGAUAAGGUUGUAGAGCAAUUUCAGGAUUCUGAAAAAUCCUCAAGUUCUAGUAGUGCAGAUAAUGCCAAAAUAAAGAGGAAAAAACUCAAGGGGAAAAGAGCUGUUGUAAGAUGGCUAAAGUUCUUUAGAUGGAAGAAGAAGAAAGAGUAUGAACGGAUGACAGCAGAGGAAAAAAUUUUAUACAAAUUGUUGAAGGCUCGUGAAAAAGAAGAGAGACUUUGUGAAGCCUUGAAGAAGAUUGAGCCUGCAGAAUCAUCUGAAACAACCCAUGAUCCUGAGAUAUUGACACCAGAAGAGCACUUUUUCUUCUUAAAGAUGGGCAUCAAAUCCAAAAAUUAUGUGCCAGUUGGAAGACGGGGAAUUUACCAAGGUGUUAUUUUGAACAUGCAUCUGCAUUGGAAAAAACAUCAGACACUGAAAGUGGUGGUGAAGACAUUUUCACCAGAAGAGGUGAAGGAGAUUGCCACUGAGCUUGCAAGAUUGACUGGAGGUAUAGUGCUUGAUAUUCAUGACGAUGACACAAUAAUAAUGUACAGAGGAAAAAACUACUCUCAACCACCAACAGAGAUAAUGUCUCCACGAGUCACUCUCCCAAGAAAGAAGGCAUUGGAUAAAUCCAAAUACAGGGAUGGGCUCCGAGCUGUGAGGAGAUACAUUCCCAGACUUGAGCAAGAGCUUGAAAUUCUUCGAGCACAACUGAAAAGCACAGGUGAAAGUAAUGCAGAUGCUGCUGAGGGAACCCAGAAAAGUGAUAAGGAGAGUAUUGAGACUGGUAGUAUUUCGAAUUUCCGGCUAGAUAAUUCAGAUAAAGUUCGUGAGAUGAUAAAUGAUAACAUUGGUUGCCCAGAGGAUGAGACAGAUAUGGAAUCUGAAUUGGAUUCAGAUUCUGAUAAAUUAUCAGAUAUCUUUGAGACUGAUGCAGAUACAGAGAAUUUGUCAAAGGAGGAGAAACCUCUUUAUUUGGACGAGUUUGAUAAUUUUCUUGAGCAAAGCGAUGGAGAAACAGAUGAUUUUGAGGAACAUCUACGACAAAUAUCUUUGAACUCAAAAAACAUGGAAAAAGAUGUCAACAUACCUGAGUUUGACGAAGUUGACAAGAUUUUUUUGCGUGCUGCAUCCUUUUUAAAGAAAAAAAGAAAAUGAGAAAUUUUGAAGGAAACCUUUGUACUGGAUUUAGUUUUUUUUAUUUUUUUUUCCUUGAAGGGA